AUGUUCGGGGACAGUACUGGAGCAGCAUUCGAAGCAUUGGUGGGAAACAAGGAGACUGGAGAACGACUGAAUGAAUACCAGAUAGAACAUCAUCUUGCGGAGUCAGAAGCGUUGCAGAAUGGAGAAACCGAGCGUCGUUUUAGCUCGAUAUAUCAUCACUGUUGUGCGAUAUGGUGUUUGUUCAUCGUAUACCUACCGUUAUUAGAUGGACCAGUGAGACCCUUUUCAGCGCCUUUGGUCGAUCUCAAGCGCAAACGACUGUCCAAUACCAUGAAUGAAGAAGCAGGUCCGGCGAGUGCAAGGGUCAAUGGCGGAAAAGAGCAAGAUAUCAAGCCGCUUUUGCGAGUCCAACGACUUCAACAUCUCGAGGGCCGAAUCAAGCCACUUACUUCGCGACUCAAAUCCGCUCGGAAUGGAGAAGGAGAUGUGAUGGUGGAUCUGACUAACGACAGCUAUGGAGAAUGGUGUGUUUAA